AUGAUCAACGAUACUUCGGCUAGCGAGCAGACCGGCAUCACGCUUUUUAUGUGCACUGUCGGCUUUCAAGUUCAGCAGCUCCACAUCGAAGGCCAGGACGACAAACUGGCCAUGUGCGCAGAAACGGUGCAGCAUUGGUUGGACCGCCGGGAGCUGAUUGAAGCCCAGCUCGACGUGCAUGGUCUAAAAGAUAUCGCAAUGACCAACUCGCGACCCGUCGCUUCGUACGUAGCCCAACUGGCGGCAUUCGGGACAUUGGUGGCAGCGAUUGGGGAUGUACAUCGACGGGAUACGCUCCUGUCCCGCUCGUUCAGCUCGCUACUGCUUGCCACAAAUGUGCAGAAUAUUGUUGUUUCGACGGCCGCCGACUUGGCGAUGGCUCAUAUAGCCGAAGCCUACGGUCAGUCCGUUGCAACACUGCUCCAAGCCAGGGCUGCAUUAGUCUAUGUGGCUCUGGGACUCGAACGUCCUCUCAGCAGCCGCCCCUCGUCUCUUCACGGCCAUCGUCUCCAAAACGAACGACCCGGCCAUGUAUCUGGAGACGAAGCGGGUAGCCAUCCAACUGCUGAAGACGCUCGACAAGAAUUUUCCUACGCAAUCCUCUGCUCAUUGUCAACGUAUGUUGAAGCGCUGGAACGGUGGUUCCCUGAACCUCGGGCAAAUGAGGAUGAAGCCCAAACGCCCAGUUCUAACGACGAGCCAAUGGAACUUCCAGACGACGUAGUGAAAAUGAGCCUAGAUGAUGAGAUGCCGGAUUUCAAGAAAAUUCCCCCACCCUACCAUGUGAAGCUCACGGAGGAGAUUUUGCAAAGAACAGCAACGCUACUUUCCUCUGACCACUUCCACGUCCGCGUCAGGUGUCUUCGACUGCUUACGGCAUCGCUAAAGGUUGUGGCCGGUUGCGAUGAUGUUUUGCUGCCAAUGGUCCAUCAGAACUGGGCGGCACUGAAGAACCGUUUGGUCGACGAUAAUCUGAACGUGCGGAUAGAGGCGGUCAAGGCCCUGAAAAUCUACUGUCUUACUGCCAAAUCGUUUGUGUAUCGACGCGUGUCCGAGGGCGGGUGGCCAAGGUUGACUAGCUGGGCCGAGAAACAAUUGGGCCGAUCGCAAUACACGCAAUCCGAGACGUAUCGCCUCCUCUACGUCAUCCUUGACAGCUCGUACCCGAUAUGGCGCGCCAUCGGCUAUCGAGCCGAACAUGACGCCCCGGCCGUGCUUCCCUUCUUGCGAAAAGUUGCGGCCUGUAGUCAGACAUACUUAAAGAUGAGUGUUUUCGAGAAGGUUUUGCCAUACUUUUUCGCGGGUACCGUCGUGCGCGGGUUCGGCCGUGGCGGCAAAGAACUGGGCUGCCCAACGGCGAAUGUCGACGAUGAGGCCGUCAGCAAACUCCCGAAGGGCAUUGAGCACGAUGUCUACUACGGACUCGCCAGGAUCGAUAAUGGCCAAGUCCACGACAUGGUGAUGAGCAUCGGCACAAACCCGCAAUACAACAACGAGAAGCUUACGAUCGAGGUCCAUCUACUCGCUCAGUUCCCCUCGCAAUUCUACGGGUCUCGCAUUGACGGUUUGAUUCUCGGCCACAUCCGGCCGGUGCGCAAAUUCGAAUCACUUGACGGGCUGAUGAAGGCAAUUCAGGACGACAUCGCUUUCGCGAAAGAAAAGUUGAAAAGCAUCGAUCGCACCGCCCUCGUUGCUCAAUAUUUUGUA